GCCCCAUGGCCUGAGCUCCGCGGACACGACGCAUUACAUGUCGGGGAAGGGACUCUACGCAUUCAACACCACGAUCACAUGUGAUGCCGACCUCUGGAUGUCAGUCCAUGUUUCCUGGGGUCAUGUCAUGACUAGUGGGUAUGGCGGGGGAGCCCUCUCCGUCAGCACCUGGAAGCAAAACUUCGGCUUGCUUGGAGACUCCAGCUAUACAUUAGAACCGUGGUUCCUGACACCAGUGCCCGGACGACCAGCUCGUGGCGCCCCUGAUAACCACUACAACAAGGCCCACACCGCCAUGCGCAAUGUUGUGGAGUGGUGCAUCGCUGUAAGCUUGUGCACAGCUGCUCAAGCAUCAUUGCUGCUUGUGCAGCUCUGCACGACAUUGCGUUGGCGGCACAUGAGCCUGUUCUCGAAGGAAACGAUGACGACACCGACGAUGCUGACUGCUGCCAGCAGCAGCUGAGCUACCACCACCACCACCACAACGGGAGCCAGCAGCAGCGCAACCGUGUAGUGAACCUGUUUCGAGAACUACAGGGCCUGCAUGCUUGAGCACCUGCGCAGAGUACGCCGCUGCCUGCAACGACCUCGGCAGCAUUGCGUGGUGCCUUCCGCUGCAAUGAGGGCCCGGGCGAGG